CCCGGAACUAGAUAGGAACGGUGCUAUUUUGGAAUUUAGAUUGUAGAUGACGCUCAUUUUUAGUUUUUUUUUCGGCUUAGUUAUCUCAAGCCAGUUAGUAAACCUGAUGUAACGAUCUUUAUAAGAAUUCUAAUGUAGUCAACUACUGUUUUGUAAAUGUUUAAAUGCUAUAUAUCGAAUGAAAUUAAAAUACUUUCGGGAUCCACAUGCACGGCGAAUCCCUGCCUCAUCACCGCAGUUGUGGAUGCGAACGUUAGCUAGUUAACUAGCAAUUUAACUAGCUUUACAAGCGGUGUCAAUGCUAUCGCUCAAUAAAUGUCUACUUGCUAGUGUUGUAUUUUGGUAGUUAAUUGUGUGACUUAAGAUCCUGCCAUACUGUCUUAGCCAUCUGUUUACUAACGUUAGCUAGGUUAGACAAACUAACGGAGUUAGUUUGUCACACAUUGUUUUCGUUCUCUGCUCAGUUUAGGAAGUCAACCACGGACGUUUGAUCACAAGAGGCAGUGGAAGAAAGGUGUGGAGACAAGGGGGUUCACCCUCAGUAUUGAGGCCGUAUUUCUCAACUGAAUUUGUUACACAAGAACUGCCAAUAUGGUGUUAGCCGACUUGGGAAGAAAAAUAACCUCGGCGUUGCGAUCACUGAGCAAUGCCACCAUCAUCAAUGAGGAGGUAUUAAAUGCAAUGCUGAAAGAAGUAUGUGCUGCCCUCCUAGAAGCUGAUGUCAACAUCAAAUUGGUGAAGCAGCUCAGAGAAAAUGUCAAGUCAGCCAUUGACCUGGAGGAGAUGGCCUCUGGGCUGAACAAGAGGCGAAUGAUCCAGCAUUCUGUGUUCAAGGAACUGGUCAAGCUGGUGGAUCCAGGGGUCAAGGCUUGGACACCCACAAAGGGAAAGAACAAUGUUAUCAUGUUUGUGGGUCUUCAGGGCAGUGGGAAAACCACAACAUGUUCCAAGCUGGCAUACUACUACCAAAGAAAAGGGUGGAAAACCUGUUUGAUAUGCGCUGACACUUUUAGAGCUGGUGCCUUUGAUCAGUUGAAGCAAAAUGCAACAAAAGCCAGAAUUCCAUUCUAUGGAAGUUACACAGAGAUGGACCCUGUCGUCAUAGCUGCGGAAGGUGUGGAAAAGUUUAAGAAUGAGAGCUUUGAAAUAAUUAUUGUUGAUACCAGUGGUCGACACAAGCAAGAAGAUUCCCUUUUUGAGGAGAUGUUGCAGGUUUCCAAUGCAGUGCAACCCGAAAACAUUGUGUACGUGAUGGAUGCCUCCAUUGGUCAAGCUUGCGAAGCACAGGCUAAAGCCUUCAAAGACAAAGUAGAAGUUGCCUCAGUUAUAGUGACAAAGCUAGAUGGCCACGCCAAAGGUGGUGGUGCUCUCAGUGCAGUGGCUGCUACUAAGAGUCCCAUCAUUUUCAUUGGUACUGGUGAACACAUUGAUGACUUGGAGCCAUUUAAGACCCAACCCUUCAUCAGCAAGCUACUGGGCAUGGGAGACAUUGAAGGUUUGAUAGACAAAGUCAACGAACUCAAGCUGGAUGACAACGAGGAGUUGAUUGACAAGCUGAAACAUGGUCAGUUCACUCUUAGAGACAUGUACGAGCAGUUUCAGAACAUCAUGAAGAUGGGACCGUUUGGCCAGAUCAUGGGUAUGAUCCCAGGUUUCGGAACGGACUUCAUGAGCAAAGGUAACGAGCAGGAGUCCAUGGCCAGGUUGAAGAAACUCAUGACAAUUAUGGACAGCAUGAAUGACCAAGAACUUGACAACAAAGAUGGUGCAAAGCUCUUCACCAAGCAGCCGAACCGAAUUGCCCGAGUUGCGCGGGGUUCUGGGGUUGCCACCAGGGACGUCCAGGAGCUGCUCACCCAGUACACAAAGUUCGCCCAGAUGGUGAAGAAGAUGGGUGGCAUUAAGGGCCUGUUCAAAGGUGGUGACAUGUCCAAGAAUGUCAACCCCUCUCAGAUGGCUAAGUUAAACCAACAGAUGGCAAAGAUGAUGGACCCAAGGGUUCUCCACCAUAUGGGUGGGAUGGCUGGUCUCCAGUCCAUGAUGAGACAGUUCCAACAGGGUGCGGCUGGCAACAUGAAAGGGAUGAUGGGAUUCAACAGCAUGUGAACCACUGAGCCUUAAAACAGCAAAAUCAAAAGAUUGUCAUUUUGAUUCAGCAAGAAGUUGUGGCGACGCUUUAGCAAGAAGGAGAGCAGUGUUAUUUUUGCCUCAGUAAUAUAAUUCAUGAACACGUUUGUGUAUAAAAUGAUGCAGAAAGCAUAUUUACAUGUCAGGAUAAAUAAAACAAGUUCUCUUUUUUUUUUUUUUUUUUACAGUAAUUGUAAAUGAGGCCCACAAGAUACAGAAAUGGUAGGAUCAUGAAGCUUGUCCUGGGUCAUAUUCAUUAGGAACCAAAUGGAAGAAAUUGGAAUGAAACCAGGAGGCACUGAAACCUGGACUUGUCCAAUAAGAUACGCAGUUUUUUGUUGCAAAAUAUUUUUUUAUGUUUUGUUGUGCCAUUAACACAACCCUUAUUUGGAGAGCUGGUGAAGGGUAUGCUGAUAUUAGUUUGUGAAAAUUAUUUUUGUCAAUGUUAUAAUAAAAUUUGUAUUGCAAUGUUUUAAAAA